AAACAGCGUGUAACACAGAGUUAAGUGUGUGCUGUCAGAAGGUAAAAAAUAAAUAAAUAAAUAACCACUGAAAUGCGCAGCGCAGGGCUCCAGGAGCAGCACAGCGCUAUGUUGCGCAUUUUCGACGCAUAAUUGAUCGUCAAAAGGCCGCUGAGUGUCAUAUGGCCGAAAGCGAGCUGCCAUUGGUCAGUGUCCAGGCUACAGGGAGGGCUCUGCUACACGGAAGACGGCACAGGGAUACUGGGACGAUGCUACCGGCAGAUAAAGAAAACAGCAGAUAUUUUUAAUUUGACAUUCUUCGUUUUAUAGUCACGUUCCGUUUUUGUUAGGGACUUUUAUAGUAUUGCAGAAAUGAAGAUCUGGAGCACGGAACAUAUAUUCAGCUAUCCCUGGGAGACGGUGAUCAAAGCAGCGAUGAGAAAGUACCCCAAUCCCAUGAACCCCAGUGUGGUAGGAGUGGACGUCCUGGACAGGAACCUGGAUAAACAUGGCCGUCUCCACAGCCAUCGGCUGCUGAGCACAGAGUGGGGCCUGCCGAGUGUGGUGCGAGCGAUACUGGGGACAAGUCGAACCACUACUUAUGUUAAAGAGCAUUCCAUUGUCGAUCCUGAAGAGAAAAAAAUGGAGCUUUGCUCAACAAACAUAACGCUCACAAAUUUAGUAUCUGUUGAUGAGAGACUAGUUUACAGACCACAUCCUGAAAACCCAGACAUUACAAUUUUAACCCAAGAGGCAAUAAUCACCGUGAAAGGAGUCAGUUUGAGCAGCUACCUUGAGGGACUGAUGGCUCUUAGUAUGACUGCUAAUGCAAGAAAGGGAUGGGAUGCAAUUGAGUGGAUCAUUAAGAACUCAGAACGGGAGAAUGUACCGUUGUGUGACAUGUGCUGAACAGCAAUAACCUCUAGCAUCUCAGUAAUAAAACGGGCCAAACAGUAAAGUGUGUGACUGUAUGUGAUGGACAGCACCAGCGCUGGAACCACAAUUAACUCAUCUGAGUUUACACCUCUCUGUGUUGUACAGUAAGUGUGUGCUUCUUUUAAAGAGUGAACAUUUGAAGCACCACAUUGAAAAUCUCCUAAACCGCAUAAAACUGCACUUUUAAAGCUAAUAUGUACUAGUUGAAGUCACUGUUGAAUUAUGGAAUAUUAUAUUUGAAUAUCAGUAUGCACCUCAAAUGCUCUCACUACCUCCUUUUAAGAAUCUUUGGGCAUCCGUCAGGGUUAUUGUACAAAUUAGAUGUCUCUGUUAUGUGAAGCAUGUUUACUGUGUUCUUAGUCCUUGUUAUUUUCUUUUGUUUCUGUUAAAAAUAUUUAUUUAUGUUAAUAUUGAUAACUUAAUAAUUCACCCAAAAUGUUUACACAUCUUUUUUGGUUCCUUUUUCUUUUUUUGUUACUAAUGUAGGUUCUGAUGCAAGGUGUUAUAUUUAUUUUUUGGUGAAGAAACUUGUUAUUGCUCAAGCUAAAUACUAAAAUAUGUUUUAGGGUUUUUUUUUUUUUUUUGUCAUAUAAGUGUUCGUGCUAGUAUAGCUUAAUGUUACACUGAUCAGACUGAUUAUCACUGUUUUUAUCACCUCAUACUUGUAUAUUAUAUCGUCCCACCCCUAGUGCCAAUGCACAAUUACCAGUUCAACAAAUAAUUUUUUAUUUUUUUGAAAAAUGUUACAAAAUGUGUCAUUUUCAGCAGCCAUUUUUGUGCUGUGAAAAGAAAACGCAUAGUCUUCUUGUAGUCCAUCUGCUCAGAAUCAUGCUGUUUAAAUUUGCUAAAUCCAGAAAUCUUAGGAUUUAUAUGUUUGUUGAUCAUUUUUUACAGAUCUAAUUUAUUUUAUUAUGCUUUAUGGGAAAUUGCAAGAAAAAAAAAUCAACCUACAGUUUAAUAAUUUGUAUAAAUGAAACAUAUUGUUGGUUACUAGUAGGCCUGCCACAGUUACUCAAGCUGAUUGGGAUUGAGGUGAUUAACUGUUAGAUUCCACAGUUUAUACAUAUAUUUAGAACUGGUGUUCCUUUUCUGUUAGUUUGUCACUAUAAUCAAGAUGUUGUGCCAACAUAUUUUAAUCAUUUUUCAUGAUGAACUAUUUGUAACUAUGUUCUGUAACUGUGAUGCUGCUCUGGCUAGAAGCUCAGUAUUUCAACAUUAGGUUUUAAUAGAUUUUAGUUAUUAUUAGUGUCAUGUCUUUCCUAUGCAUUUUACACAGAAAUUCUGGUGAGUUCAGUGUCAAUAAAUAGCUGUGUAUUUGCAUUAUUACACAACUGAUAUAAUGUUCAUGAUAUAAGUGGCAGAAGGUCAACAGGAAAGACAUUUCCUUGUUUGCUGCAAUCAUUUGUAUGCCAGUGAAUUGUCAGCCAAAAUGUUAUAACUGUGACAGGCCUAGUAGCUAACUGAAGGAGCAGCGUAAGUCCCUGAUGAUCAUGUGAUGGCUCAUAUUUGGUGCUAAAAUGUGUGCUUGAAGCUUUUUGCUAAACACUCUUUACUCAGUGUACUGAUAGGAUGCGCAAGUGAAUCUGUAUAGAUAGAUGUUAAAAUUACUCAUGCUUCUGUUGUAGAUUGUAUUUCUUACUGUUUCUUGUUAAUUGCCAUAGUAGAUGCAGUGCGAUGAUAAAACCUAAUGGCAGCAGCAGAAAUAUUAAAACAAUGUAUGUAUGUAUGUAUUUGUUUAUUAAUUUGUUGUACUUUUAUACUGGAUAUUUUAUUUGAGCAGGGACAUCCCAAGGCUGUUUACAGUUGUGCUACUGAUUGAAAUAUUAUGUAAAAUUAUGUCACAUAAAUCACAGCUGAAAACAAUUGAAAAAAGGAGGACACAGUUUUCCCAGUAUAUCACACUAUAAAUAGCUACAAAUAUUUCCACUGCAUUUUCAGUUGCCAAACUAUUGUAUCAAAUCAAUCAGCUUAUCCUGGUCUUGGUCAUGUCCGUAUUAAUACAUAUGUACAGCAUACAGUGGAAUCCCUGCUAAUUACACUUGAGCUUUCAUAAAGGACUUCUAGUAACUUUUAAAAAUGUAUAUUACACUAUUUAAGAUUCAAGACCUGUCUUUCUCUGGUACAGUGCCAACAAAGAUUUGGGACAGCGAAAACAUGUUUUUGUUUUAUCCUCCAUCAUCAAAUGAACAAAUUAAAGCAGGCAUGUUUUGUGCACACUGUGUAGAGCCUUUAAAUUACUGACUGAUCCUCAUUAAGAGCUCUUGCAUGAACUACACUAUAUGGCCAAAAGUUUGCGGACACAUGACCAUAACACCCAUAUGUGCUGGUUGAACAUCUCAUUCCAGAUUUAGUUCCCACUUUGCUGUUAUAUAUAACCUCCACUGUCCUGGGGCAGCUUUCCAAUAGAUUUUGGAGUGUGGCUAUAGGGAAUUGGGCUCAUUCAGCCACAAGAGCAUUAGUGAAGUCGAGCACUGAUGUCGGGCAAGGAGGCCUGAGGUGCAGUCAGCUUUCAUGUGCAUCCCAAAGGUGUUCAGUGGGGUUGAGAUCAGGGCCCUGUGCAGGUCACUCAAGUUCUUCCACUCCAGCCUUUACAAACAAUGUCUUUGUGGAGCUGACUUUGUGCACAGGGUUAUUGUCAUGCUGGAACAGGUUUGGACCCCUUAGUCUCAGUGAAGGGAAAUUGUAAUUUUGGGGAAGGUUUGGAGAAGAACCACAUAUGGGUGUGAUGGUUAGGUGUCCACAUACUUUUGGCCAGAUAGUGUAUUUUCAGAUCUUGUCUUUGUAAAUUGUUUCAUAAUGCAUUGUGUUUUUGCAAGCUACUGAAGCCAUGCCAGCUUUUGUUAUCUACAAUUUAACACCUUGUCACACUGGUUUAAAAAAAAUCUUGUUUCUGUAUGUUCACUACAUUUUGUUUAUAUUUUAGAUUUUGGUGUUAAUGAGAACAGUAAAUUGUACCUUGUACCAAAACUAUUGGUACUAAUUGUACCAACAGUUUUAUCAUUGGAUUCUAAACAUUUAUUGUUUUACAUGUAUGUCUUCUGUUUGUAAGCUGUACUAAAGUGUCACUUUUCUUCUGGGCAGUUUCUGACACAUUUACCAUACAAGUGUCCUCAGCUUAGUUUUUUAAAGUUCUGUGCUAGUGACAAAGGGGGCUGUGUGUUCUAUUGGGUCAUUAAGACUGGCUUCUUCCUCAUAUGUACGAAAGCAUCUAUCAAAAUAAAGAAAUAUGACAGUAUAACUGGAAAAUGCCUGCUGGAGUAUACAGCACAGUGGCCAGUUGAACUGCUUCAUAUCCUAUGGAUAGUGUUGUACAUCAAGCAUUUUCAUCAUGUAUUGUGUUAAUACUAUGGCGAAUGAGUUUAAAGCUGAGUCAACCUACUAGUCAACCUCACUACUAAUGAAGUGCUUUACAAAAGAGUCAUAAUAAUUAAAGGAUUUAAUAUUGGCUGAGCUUUUUGUUACUGACCCAAAUUCUCUUAUGUAGUUGCUAAAAAUAUGCAAAUGCCCUGAUCAAGCGAUGGUGCAAAAAAAAAAAAAAAAGAGAGUGAGAGAGCGAGAACUAGAAUAUUAAUUAUAAUAUAAACAAUUGCAGUCUCUUGUUUAAUAUUGCAUGUUGCUCUUUUACAUUAUUAUUUUAAAUAAUGCUGCUGUUUAGAAAAUUGUUAAUGGUAUUUGAUUUAUUUUGAUAUGAACCAGCAUGGUAAUUUUAUCUUAUAACACUUAGAUCAAUUUAAAUAAAAUGUACCCUAUUAAAAUGUGUGAUUACUCUAUAAAGAUUAUGCAAAAAAAGAUUAGGAGAACAGAUUUAAAAAUAUUCUACACCUUUAUUUAUUUUCUUUUACUUUUACAAG